AUGCCGCAUGGGGCCACAGCCAACCUGCGCUGGGCAGUCGCGGCGGUGCACGACGGUUACGUGCUGCAAAAGUCGGCGGCAUCGACGCCGCUGGGCGGCCAGCUGCUGUCGCAGUGCAUGGCGGAGGCGGUGGAGGCCAGGGGCACGCAGAUACGGCCGCGGUACGAGUUCACCCGCAAGGAAGGGCACGGCGGCAAGCUAGAGGUGGUCCCCCUGGACCCGCCCCACACCACCGCCUCGUACCGCGCAUGGUGCGUGGAGGCAAUCGCCGCCGACAUCAAGGACACCAUCUGCCGCGUCAGCGACAACGUGUUCGACCCGCAGGAGAAUGCCAGCAUCCCCACUGUCAUGUAUGAGCUGCCAGACGGGCAGGAGAUUGCGGUGGGCACCGACCGCUUUGCCAUCCCCGAGGUGCUCUUCAACCCGCCGCUGCUGGAGGGCUACCCGCGGGCGGCGGCGCGGCUCAAGGAGGCAGGCGUCUUUGACGGCCUGCAGGGGAUCCAGCACCUGGCCAACGACUGCAUCAGCAAGUGUGAUGUCGACAUCCGCAAGGACCUGUAUGCCGGCGUGGUGCUGACGGGCGGCACCGCGGGCUUUGCCGCGCUGCGGGACCGGCUGGAGAAGGAGGUCGCAGACCUGGCGCCGCAGAUGGCCAAGGUCAAGGUGGUGUGCCCCGCCAAUGCGGUGGAGCGGCGGUACAGCGUGUGGAUCGGCGGCUCCAUCCUGGCCUCCCUGGGCACCUUCCAGCAGAUGUGGAUGAGCAAGGCUGAGUACCGGGAGUACGGGGCGGGGCUCAUCCACAAAAAGGCGCCCUGA